AUGUUCCUACCCUUGAGUGCCGUCUGGGGCUAUCAUCGAAACAUCGACACGGUUAUUAUGGGAGUGAGGCACACCUACAUCAUCGAAAGCAUUUCGGCCGAGAACUAUACCCAUAGAAUGGACGCUGUAGCUCCAGGUAACUUCAACAUCGAGCAUCUGUUCGUAUGGAUGCCUAAGGGUGAUCGCGGUCCUACAUGUCCAAAAGGUGCUACAGGACCUCCAGGAUCUCCUGGUGUAGCUGGCCCCAGAGGCAUUCUAAGUAGGCUGUCAAAGCAUUUACAUGUGAAAGCAAUCCAAGAAACAAGACCAAAAGGUGCCACUGGCCCUAACGGAAUUCCUGGUGUCACAAAAGUGGGUCCACUAGGUCCGCCAGGUCCACGUGGAGACAAUGGAAUAAAAGGAAAAGGUAGGCUGUCAAAGAAUUUCUAUGUGAAAUUAAAUCAAGAAACCGGUUCAAAGGGUGCCACUGGCCCUACGGGAAUUCCUGGUGUUACAAAAGUGGGUCCACUAGGUCCGUCAGGUCCACGUGGAGAAAAUGGUAUGAAAGGAACCGAGCGUGAUCGCGGUCCUACAACUCCAAAAGGUGCUCCAGGACCUCAAGGAGCUCCUGGUCUACCUGGUCCCCGAGGUUGGCCUGGAAAAGUUGAAAAACAAGGUAUACUCGGCAAGCAAGGAAUUUUAGGUGACCGUGGUCCUCCUGGUGUAGCAUGCCUUGGAUAUUUGCAGGAAAAUGUUGAAAAAGAAAGUCUACCUGAAAAAGAUGGUUUUGCAGGACAAGUGGGAACAUCUGGUCCUCCAGGCCACAACGGAACCAAAGGAAUAAAGGGCGACCGUGCUCCUGCAGGCACUAGAGGAGCUCCUGGGGCGCGUUUCUUUAACCUCCACCGGCUAAUCCGGAUGAGGCGGUAG